AAUAUUUUCGGAAAGGUAGUUUAUUAUGCUUAUUAAUUAUUACCUCAAUAAAAUACUUGGAGGUUAAGUAAAACUUAAGAGAGGGCAAUUAGGUCCACCGGUUCUUGGGUCCGCAGCUGCACGGAAUAACUCCAAAAGGAGCGGAGGCAGCCCCACGACGGUGACUGUCUAAGACACACUGGUGCUAACUGGGUUCAUUUUCCAUCAACUAGUAGGAGGAGAGUAGGUAGGGUAAGAGCAGAGACUGAAAGCAUGGCUACUGUCACAGAGAAACUUGGCAUCAAGGUUGAGAGGAACCCUCCUGAGACAAAACUCACUGAACUUGGUGUCAAGCAAUGGCCUAAAUGGGGUUGCCCUCCAAGCAAAUUCCCAUGGACAUAUGAAGCCAAAGAGACUUGCUAUCUUUUGGAAGGGAAGGUGAAGGUUACACCAAGUGGGGCAGAUGAGUCAGUUGAGAUUGGCGCCGGUGACUUGGUUGUGUUUCCAAAAGGGAUGAGUUGCACUUGGGAUGUGUCUGUUGGUGUAGACAAGCACUACAAAUUUGAGUAAAUCUGCUGUAGUGAUCUAUAAGUAGCAUCACUCUCUUAAUAUCCUUGUAUUUGGAGUUGUUAGUGUUGAGAUAGAUUAGUUCUUAGCAUGUUUAUCUCUUAUUCCAUCCCCUAGCUCCACUAGGACCUCCUUGAAGGAAAAAUGAAUAAAUCUUAUGUGAUGAAUAAAGAUUGUGACUUUCUGGAAA